GAAACCGAAACUUAAAUAAGAAGCACAUCAGUUAAGCUAGCACUGCAUCAGUUAAUAAUAACAGACGUCGUGUGAAGAAUCUGACAAGUGAUGCAGGUGCGUGAAGAAGGAUGGACAGCAUACAAGCCCCCACGCAAGAUCAGGAGUGUGAUGAUGUCCUUGACGUGAGAGUGGCCUACAGAGAUGAAGAAAGUUCUUUUACAAACCCUGAGAAAGUUCUUGGUGCAGAAGGGGCCUCUCUACACACAAGGAGCUCAUCUCCCCCAAGCUGUGUGUCCAUAAGGAGUCACUACUCAAUGGAUCCACCAGUCAAAUUUAAAGAUGGAGGACCUACCGAACAAAUUAGGGGAACGGAGGAAAGCUCGUGUGCUCCCAGUUGUGUGUCCAUAAGGAGUCACCACUCAAUGGAUCCGCCAAUGAAAUUUAAAGAUGGAGGACCUACCGAACAAAUUAGGGGAACGGAGGAAAGCUCAUGUGCUCCCAGUGGUCUGUCCAUAAAGAGUGACCAAUCGAUGGAUCCAUUAGCCUCUUUCAAGGAGUCAGAGUUGUUUGUUGAUGAAAGGGACCAUCCAGGAAGAUCAGUCACACAAUCUGACCAGCGUGACCAGUUGUAUCUUUCUGCCACAUUAAGGAGAUUCGAGGUGAAGUUUAUGAGUUUGAUGGAACGGGAAAUGAAGAAAAUCAGCCAAAUUCUCAGCCCAGUUUCCACUGCAUCUGUGGAAAGUUCAGAGGAAGAGGACAGCAAUGAUGCCAGAGAAGCAGCUCUAAAGAUCGCCCUGCACAUUUUAAAAGGCAUGAAAGAGCAAGACCUGGUUGAAAAGCUGACUAAAUUGGAACGUGUAUAUACACUGCAGAAAAAACUUCAAUCCAGCCUGAAGCGCAAGAGCGAGCAUGUAUUUGAAGGAAUCGCUAAGCAAGGAAACCCGGCCCUUCUAAACAAGAUUUACACUGAGCUGUACAUCACCGAGGGUGGAUGUGGAACCCUGAACGAUGAGCAUGAAGUGAGACAGAUUGAGUCUUUGAACAGAGUUCCAGUGGCACAAGAGACACCUACCUGUAUCAAAUGCAAUGAAAUCUUUAAACCAUUACCGGGACAAGACAAACGCAUCAGGACCGUCCUGACCAAUGGUGUAGCUGGCAUCGGAAAAACCGUCUCUGUCCAGAAGUUUAUCCUGGACUGGGCUGAAGGGAAAGCUAAUCAAGAUGUACAUUUCUUGUUUCCGAUGCCUUUUCGGGAGCUAAAUCUCAUGAGAGAAAAGCAACACACCAUGGAGAAACUUCUUCACUGCUUUUUCAGUGAAAUGAAAAACUUCCCAUUCUCAGAACUUGAAAACUACAAGGUGGUUUUCAUCUUUGAUGGUUUGGAUGAAUGUCGACUUGCUCUAAACUUCAAAAACUACGAAAGAUGUUCGGAAAUAACAAAACCAAUGUCACUGGAUGUUCUUCUGACAAACCUUAUAACAGGGAAUCUGCUUCCAUCUUCUCUGCUCUGGAUCACUUCCCGACCAGCAGCCACCAACCAGUUACCUGCUACCUGCAUUGACCAAGUAACGGAGGUGAGAGGAUUCAAUGACCUCCAAAAAGAGGAGUACUUCCGCAAGAGAAUAAGUGACCAGAGUUUGGCCAACAAGAUAAUCCUUCAUGUGAAGUCCUCCAGAAGCCUUCAUAUCAUGUGCCAUAUUCCUGUCUUCUGCUGGAUCUCUGCCAGGGUGCUUGAAAGAUGGUUGGGGGAUGCAGAGAAUCACCACAUGCCCAAAUCGCUGACUGAAAUGUACACACAUUUUUUGAUCUUCCAGACAGUACAGGGAAAUGAGAAAUACACCGAAGGAAAAGACAAGCAGCUUUAUUUGACCAAGGAAAACCUUAUUUCGCUUGGAAAGCUAGCUUUCCAGCAACUCCACAAACGUGACUUGAUCUUCUACGAAGAAGACUUACGGGAAUGUGGCAUUGGCAUCAAGGAGGCAUCCAUCUAUUCUGGAGUGUGCACGGAGAUCUUCAGAGAGGAGUUUGCACUAUACCAGAGAAAGGUCUACAGCUUUGUGCAUUUGAGCUUCCAGGAAUAUCUUGCAGCUUUAUUUGUGUACCUGUGCUGGGCUGGCGUCGCUGAAUUUGACCAGUUUCAAGAUCAUAACUACCAGAAACUUUGCCUUAAUUUAACAGUUUUCGAUUUGCACAAGAGCGCAGUGGAUAUGGCUUUGUGCUCAAGGCACGGUUACCUAGACCUUUUCCUCAGAUUCCUCCUUGGUCUGUCUCUGGAAUCCAACCAGACCCUGUUGCACGAUUUGCUGCCUAAGAAAGUGAGCACCGAUCAGACCUUCAAGGAAACCGUGACCUACUUAAAGCUCAAGCUUGGGGAGAAGCUUUGGCCUGAGAGCGCUAUUAACCUCUUCCACUGUCUGCAAGAGCUUAACGAUCAUUCUCUCGUACAGGAAGUUCAGACCUACCUAAACACGAACAGUCUCUCGGCAGCAGAGCUCUCACCAGCACAAUGGUCAGCUCUGGUCUUUGUGUUGCUGACAGGUGAGAAAAACCUGGAGGUGUUUGAUCUAAGAAAAUACAUCAAGUCAAACGAGGGAUUCAAGCGGUUGAAACCUGUCGCCAGGGCAUCCAGGACUGUCAUAUUAUCUUCAUGCAACCUUACAAAGGACAUCUGUGCGUCACUGGCCAACGUUCUUGCUUCAAAGUCUUGUGCUAUUACAGAGCUAGAUUUAAGUUGCAAUGAGCUGCAGGACAAAGGAGUGAUGCAACUGUCCAGUGGAUUGAAGAAUCCAAACUGUCGCCUGGAGGUGCUGAAACUGGCAUUUUGCCAUUUCAGAAGAACUGGCUGCACUUCUCUUGUUACUGCUCUCCAAUCAAACCCUGGCCACCUGAGAGAGCUGGACCUGAGCUACAAUCUUACAGGAAAUGAAGCACUUACUGAGCUCCCGGCAUUACUGCCCAACAGUAGGAUCGAAACACUGAGGCUCGUGCAUUGUAAUCUCACAAAGGAAUGGUGUCUUUUUCUGGCCUCGGCAGUAAGCGCCACACCGUGUCAACUUAAACAUUUGGAUUUGAGUGAGAACAGCAUAGGGGACCUUGGAGCAGGAGUCUUUCCUGAGUUACUGGGCAAUCAAAAUUGCAAAAUUCAAUCCCUAAGGCUGGCAAAAUGUAACCUUACUUGGAAAAGCAGUAACAUGCUAGAACAUGCGUCCAGCUCGACAUCCUGGUGUCUCAGAUCCCUCGACUUGAGUGAUAAUGACCUGCAGGACUCAGGAGUAAAACAACUUGCUUAUGAAAUAGAAAAGCCAGCAUGCAAAUUAGAGGAAUUAAGGCUCUCGUGUUGCGGAUUCACUGAGAAAGGAUUCUCAGCCCUGGCUUCAGCUCUGAGAUUAAACCCCACAUGCCUGAAAGAACUGGAUGUAAGUAAGAAUUUCCCUGGCAAGACAGCAAUGGAGCAGCUGUGUGCAGCUGUAAGACAGUCCACCUGCACUCUUCAAACGUUGUGCGUGGACCAGUGUGAACUUGACUCACAAAUAUGCGCCUCCCUUGCCAAAACCCUGAGCCAGAACUCAAGUCUGAGAGAGCUGAGUCUGAGCAAUAAUAAGCUCGGAGAUGUGGGCGUAGGGAUGCUCUUCACUGAGCUACAGAGUGGACAUCACACCCUGAAGAUACUGAGACUGGCUAACUGUUCCCUGACUAACAGCAGUUGUGAGUUCUUGGCCCAUGCACUAAGUUCAGGCACUACAGGCCUGUCAGAACUGGACCUGAGCGACAACAGCCUCAGCCAAAAUGAAACCAGUUUCCUGCGCUCUAUAUUGAAUAUAAAUCUUAUACUGUGAUAAGAAUUACUACAACCCAUGUGUCAUUUAUCUCAAUUAUGGGAGCCUCUGCAUAGUUCUAUAGCUCCCACAACAAAUUCAGUCAAUCAUCUGGAAUUAUGCAGUGGGGCAAAAAAGUAUUUAGUCAGUCAC